AUUUGUCCAUCCACCUGUCUGUCAAAUGCUUCCUGUCAUUGUACUUCCUGGAUUCCUGAAUAAGUAACAUUGUAAAAUCACCCAGUUGGUACCUUCACUCUCCAUGAUUUUCCUUUUUAGAUAUCAUCGUCACCAUCGCCAGAACCAGAAUCAAUGGCUUUCAGAAAGGCAGUGAAAGGAACCCUAAUAGGGGGCGGAGCUGUAGCAACAGCCUUCGGCCUGUCACAGUUCUUUGAUUACAGGAAGAAUCAGGCUCGGCUAGCAUAUGUUGAAGCGCAGGGUGAGCUAAAUGUGCCAUUUAAAGAUGCUCUCCCAACAAGAGAGGAGCAACUUUCCACACUACGAAACACAGAGGAGUUUGAUGUUUUGGUGGUGGGCGGCGGAGCCACGGGCUCAGGAUGUGCCUUAGACGCUGUCACGCGGAAUCUGAAGACCGCCCUGGUAGAACGAAACGAUUUUUCAUCAGGCACCAGCAGCAGAAGCACCAAGCUCAUUCACGGCGGAGUCCGCUAUCUACAGAAAGCCAUCAUGAAACUAGAUUAUGAGCAGUACAUGAUGGUGAAAGAGGCCCUUCAUGAACGUGCCAAUCUGCUGAACAUCGCUCCCCACCUGUCUGCACCUUUACCCAUAAUGCUUCCUGUUUACAAGUGGUGGCAGCUGCCGUAUUACUGGGCUGGCAUUAAAAUGUACGACCUGGUUGCCGGAUCACAGUGUCUGAAGAGCAGCUACAUCCUGAGCAAGAGCAAAGCACUGGAGCUCUUCCCAAUGCUGAAGAAAGACAAACUUGUGGGAGCCAUUGUCUACUAUGAUGGGCAACACAAUGACGCCCGGAUGAACCUGGCCAUCAGUCUUACAGCGGCCCGCCAUGGUGCUGCUAUUGCUAACUACACCGAGGUGGUUCAUCUGCUAAAGAAACCAGACCCAAAAUCAGGCCAAGAGAAAGUUUGUGGAGCGCACUGCCAUGACAUUAUUACAGGGCAGGAGUUUGACAUUCAUGCCAAAUGUGUCAUUAACGCUACCGGCCCCUUCACUGACUCACUGCGCAAAAUGGACAGCCAGAAAACUGCCAACAUCUGCCAGCCUAGUGCAGGGGUGCACAUUGUUAUCCCUGGAUAUUACAGCCCAGACAACAUGGGGCUGUUGGACCCUGCCACCAGUGAUGGCCGUGUCAUAUUCUUCCUGCCCUGGGAGAAGAUGACUAUCGCCGGCACAACAGAUACGCCCACUGAAGUCACCGCCCAUCCAAUCCCUGUGGAAGAUGACAUAAACUUUAUCCUGAGCGAAGUACGAAAUUAUCUCAGCCCUGACAUGGAAGUGCGACGAGGGGAUGUCCUGGCGGCCUGGAGUGGCAUUCGUCCGCUGGUCACUGACCCCAACUCCAAAGACACACAGUCCAUCUGUCGAAACCACAUCGUCAACAUCAGCGACAGCGGACUCGUCACCAUCGCUGGUGGGAAGUGGACAACCUAUCGUUCUAUGGCUGAGGAGACCCUUGACGCAGCCAUAAAGUCUCAUAACCUCUCAGCUGGUCCCAGCAGGACGGUCGGUCUGAUGCUGGAUGGUGGGAAGGACUGGACCCCCACCCUGUACAUUCGCUUGGUUCAAGACUACGGCUUGGAAAACGAGGUUGCUCAGCACCUGGCAGCCACCUAUGGAGGAAGAUCAUUUGAAGUGGCCAAAAUGGCCAAGGUGACAGGCAAGAGAUGGCCUAUAGUGGGUAAACGCCUUGUGUCUGAGUUUCCCUACAUAGAGAGUGAGGUGCAGUAUGCUAUAAAGGAAUAUGCGUGUACAGCCAUCGAUGUGAUUGCUCGCCGAACUCGGCUGGGCUUUCUGAACGUCCAGGCUGCGGACGAGGCUCUGCCACGUAUCGUUGACAUCAUGGGCAAAGAACUUCAGUGGACUGAGCAAAAAAAGAACGAAGAGCUGGAGGCAGCAAAGAAGUUCCUGCACCUGGAGAUGGGUUAUAAAGCUCGCUCUGAGCAGCUCUGCAAGAAAACAGAGAUCUCACUCACAGCUCAAGAGAUAGCGAGGUAUAAGAAGCGCUUUUACAAAUUUGAUAAGGAGAGUAAAGGCUUUAUCACAACAGUGGAUGUCCAGCAAGUCCUAGAGAAACUCAGCAUUCAUAUAGAUGAGAAUGCCCUCCAUGAGAUCCUCAAAGAGGUGGACCUCAACAAAAACGGACAGGUGGAACUGGAUGAGUUCUUACAGCUCAUGUGUGCGGUCCAGAGAGGCCAAAUCUCUGACAGUCGUCUGGCUAUCUUGAUGAAGACGGCCGAGGAGGGCUUGGAUCUGAGAGGACCUGUCUCAGUUGACCGCAGUGGAGGCGGUGUUUGAGUUCCCAACUAACCAAAACAUCCACCAGACAACGGCUCUCACCACAAAGUUGGAUAAACAGCA